ACAAAACGUUACCAAUCAAAGCAUGAUUAAGUUACUAAUCUAUAUUUAACCUUGUUAAUUAAUCUGUGAUGAGUUUUGUUACUAGUGAUAAAUUUAUAGUAGCUGAACAUUCGCUAUUAAAGGUCUUGGUAUUGUAAAUUACCUUAAGCCUUCAAGCCAUCUUAGCUAGCCACAAAUAAAUGAUGAAAUACUCUUUAAGAGUCAUGCUUCAAAACAGUUUUGUUUACAUUUAGUUUAUGUUGUUUUAUUGUGAUUAUUUUUAAAUAUUAAAUUGUUUUUCUAUCAUAUUUUUAAUUUUUCAGUGUCUAAUGCAAUCCAUAAGCAAACAUCGGUAUAAAUUGAUUAAAAUUGGAUCAGUCGUCGUCGUUAUUGGGACUGGUCUAUUAUCAUACCAAAAAUUUGUAACUAAACCAGAUUCUACUCAACCAUUGCCGACAUCCAACGAUGAUUAUAUUUACCUGUCUCCGGUUGUUGAGGGAUACGAUGUCGAUGAAAGUGAGAAAAGAUUACGAAAAAGCCUCAAUUAUCUGCGAUUUGCUAAAUCCCGUAACUUAAAGCUUCAGAAUUUCUGUUUGAAUAAUCUUGCUAAAAUGAAAAAUUUGGAAGAUUAUCAUUGUCGUCGUAUUGCUAUGCUCUGUGACUUUCAAAGCAGUUGUAAAUUGGCCAGAAUCAAAGAUGUUGAUCUCAGAUUAUUUAGACCGCCAUUGAAUAUUCAUCUACGACGAGGUGAUAUUUUUGAAAUUCUCAACGAUUUGUACAAAGCUUUUCCAGACUCAGACUGUGCCAAUUUCUUCGCUUUGAUGGCAUUUAGGACUAAAAUAAGAAUAAAGACAGUUGAAUCGGCUUUGGAAGAUGAAUUAAGAGAUAAUUACCUUUCAAAACAAGGAAUUAAUCUUCUCUGUCUACAAGCUUUAAUAAGAUAUGCCAUGGUUAAUGAAAAAACAUGUCAGUUGAUGAUCGAUAAGGGUUUGAUGGCCUGCUUACUCAAUUUAAGAGAUAGUUUUAUUGACGAUUUUGAAAUAAAUGCAGCUAUUGUUAAGCUAUUGUCUCAAUUGAGCCAACACAAAUUUAGUCAUAAUCAUUUUUUCUCAACUGGUUGGAUUGGAAUUCUUGCUGGUUGGUUAAAACCUGAUGUUCCUCUUGAAUUACGUCUACCAGCAGCUAAAAUACUACAUAAUUUAGAUAAUGAUAAAAUCGUUCUUGGUAAUCAUCUUUACCUUCUUCAUCCUACUUACUCUGACAAAGAUUAUGAUUACGAUGUUGUUUUCUUCCAUGGAUUGAUGGGUGGCGUUUAUCGAACCUGGAGACAAUAUUCUGGUAGUUGGACAGAAGGAAAUCAAACUCGUUGUUGGCCACAAGAUUGGCUUCCUUUAGAUGUCCCUGAUUUAAGGAUAAUUGCAAUUGAUUACCAUUCAUCUCUAUUUGAAAGAAAAGCCAAUUGUAUACCUGAAGCCAGGUCCUUAAGAGACCGGGCAGAGCUUCUUAUAAACGAAUUACUCAAAGCUGGUUUAGGUAAAAGGCCAAUUAUCUUGAUUGGACAUUCAAUGGGAGGUCUUCUCAUUAAACAGAUUUUAGUCAAUUGUCAUUCGAAAAAUGAUCCUGAUCAUUCUAAAUUACUCGAUGCUGUUAAAGGAAUUGUUUUUUAUAGUGUUCCUCACAGAGGCUCUGGAGCAACAAAAUUAUCACUCAAUUUACAAAGAAUUUUGAUUCCAUCUCAAGAAAUCAAAGACCUUAUAAAAGACUCACCAGUACUUACUGAUCUUCAUCAGAAGUUCAUUUCUUUGUUAUCAACCAAGAAAAUUGAUAUAAUCAGUUUUGGGGAGAAAGAACAAGUUCAAGUGAACAUAAAAGGAGUCAAAGUGAAUGCCCUGUUAGUCCCAACUGAAUCAUCUCAUCUUGAUGUUGGCGAAUUUCACAUUCUAAAUACAAAUCAUUUUCUAACAUGCAAGCCUUACGAUCAAUCAUCACCAUCUUACACAAUAGUACGAGAUUUCAUUCAAUCAAUUAUAGACAAAACAUCCCCAAAAGCUGUCGACCCAAUGAGUUUAACUGAAAGAAUCAUAUCAAGUGAAUCUUAGCAAGUAACUUAAGACUCAAACAACUUAAAUACAACAAAAUAUUUCGACUUCAAUAAAUUAAAUUAUCAAAGGACUAAAAUAUAAAUUGUCAAUGUCAAUUCUUAUAACAUGAAUGGGGAUGUAGCUCAGUGGUAGAGCAUUCGACUGCAGAUCGAGAGGUCCCUGGUUCAAUCCCGGGCGUCCCCUGUCAAUUAACUUUUUACAUAAUUGUUAUCAAGUUUUUUAUUCAAUUGAAUUUGCAAUAUUUUCCAUCUCUUGAUCAUCCAUUGUUGGAUUAGAUCGCAGCUUUUAUGGAAUGAUUAAAACGUUUAACUAUCAUUAAAGAAAUUUGUAUUAUUUU